GUGCGGAACCUAGUGUACGCGUCUGCUCCAGCCCGCUCGCAAACGCAGUCUCCCCCCCGUUGCGUUCUUUCUUCUUUUUCUCUGUCCCGAAUGUAGUCAUUUCCCCCUAACCGGAAGGCGCGUUCGAUGCGCGCUUCGGCCGGUCACACGCGCGACUCUUUGCUUUCUCUUCGUUUUCCGGCGCAGGAUGUUUCCGCGCUGACGCGACUUUGGAUGACUUUUGUUGCAGUUCGUGGCGACACGUCGCGCGGAUCGGAGGGGCUGCCUCGGCGAUGAGCGGACGCCCCCCUCGUCCGUCAGCGUUUGCAGACGCGAGCGACGUGACAGCGGCUUUGGGCCAAACGUUCUAACGGGAAUUGCGCGCGGCCCCGCAGCUGAAACACCGGCACCGCAAGUGGCGUCGCGUUUGGCUUCGGAUGCCUCCCGUCGGCGUGAUGUUCCUCCUGCUCCCGGUGUGCUGUCUGCUCCCCGGAGCCUCGCGGGCAGCGACUGCGAGCGGGCAAUACGCCGUUUUAGGCCCGCGAGUGUUCGGGGCUGUGUCCAACUUCAGCGCUUUCCUACUGGACCCCGCGUCGGGCGUCCUCUUCCUGGGCGCCAGGGACGCCAUCGUGGCGCUGGACACCAACAAGCUGAAUGAGCCACCGCGCACGGUGAUUUGGGACGUGCCGCAGGAGAGCAGGAAUAUUUGCAUGACGAAAGGGAAGACGGAGGGCGACUGCCGGAACUACAUCCUGCUGUUGGAGUUUCACUCCGACGGCCGCCACAUCUACGCGUGCGGCACGUAUGCCUUUGACCCCAAGUGCGCCUUCCUGGAGAUCUCCUCCCUCGCCCUACGGAAGGAUGCCAAGGGGCGGGUCGCCAUGGAGAUGGGGAGGAAGAAAGUCCCCUUUGACCCCAGGAAGCCAUUCACAGCUGUUAUGACUGGCGACGCGCUGUAUGCCGCCACCUCCAUCAACUUCCGCGGGACGGAGUUCGACAUCGCCCGGGCGACGGGGCCGGAGCAGCGGCAGAUCCGAAGCGAGCAAAAAGUGCACUGGCUGGACGAACCCGAGUUUGUGAGCUCGGCCGUCGUGGAGCUGUCGGCCGACGACGACGCGACGGGGGAGGACGACAGGAUCUACUUCUUUUUCAAUGAGGCGGCGAUGGAGUACAACUUCUAUUCCAAAGUCCGAGUUCCCCGGGUGGCGCGGGUGUGCAAGUCUGACGUGGGAGGUCUCAGGACUCUGCAGCAACAUUGGACCACCUUCCUCAAGGCGGAGCUGGUAUGUGAGGACAAACUCCGACAUCAGCGCUACGACACGCUGCUGGACGUUUUCACCUUGCGACACUCACCCCGAGAAGCCGGCAGCACGCAUUUCUACGGACUUUUCACCACACAGCGAGAACCCGAGCAGUCAGCGGUGUGCGUUUUCAGCGUGUCGGACAUCAUCAGAGCAAUGAACGGCCCGUUUAAGAAGCGCAAUGACAAAACGGACACGCCGACGCCGGUGGGCUCGCCGAGGCCCGGCCAGUGUCUGAACAACGCGCUGAAGGCAGAAGGCUUUGACUCCUCCCUGAAAAUCCCGGACAACCUGCUGGCGUACGUGAGGAAUCACCCCCUCGUGCAGCAGAGUGUCACCGCGGCGCCCCUGCUGGUCAGGAAAGGAGUCACGUACACCAAGCUGGCCGUCACGCUCAUCGGGCGCAAAGAGGGCCAAAGAGAAGCGAUGCUGCACCUCGGAACAGACGACGGGGAGCUCCACCAGGUGGCGGUGAUGGGCGAGAAUGCCACUUUACUGCGCGAGGUUCCUUUAUUUCAGCCGACGGAGCCGGUCAUCCAUAUCUCGCUGCACCAACGUUGGGCCGUGGUGGGCAGCCCCCUGGCGCUCGCUCGCAUCCGGUCCGAAGAAUGCGCGCUCUAUUUAAGCUGUAAAUUGUGCGCUCGCUUCCGAGAGCUGGGCUGCGAGUGGGACGCAAGCGAGGAACGAUGCCUUCGCUCCACCGCGGCGCCUGGCAAUGGAGAUGUAAUAGAAGAAGCCUGCGUCACACAGGAAGAGCGCUGCGCUCCGCCCAUCACGGAGCUGCGCGUGUCCCUGGGUCUGCGUCUGCUGCUGCCGUGCGCCCAGCUGUCUCCGCGGCUCUGUAGCUGGCAGCGCCCCGCCAACAGCCUCACCAAGCUGCGCCACCCCGACCUGGAGGUGACCGUCACCAAAGACGGACUGGGAACUUACAUCUGCGCGUGUCAGGAAGGGCCAAUCCACGACCCCGCCCCCUGCCGUCGGGCGGCCUAUCAGCUGACGCUGGAGGACCCCACGACUGCGGGUGCCGUGGCGGGAUGCGCUCGUCACGUGUUGGCCUUCUACGUGCUCUUCUUCUUUGGCGGUUUGCUGUUCGGGGCGACGCUCCUCCUCUUCGUCGAACGUCGGCACGCCAGCGGUCGGCGGGACUCGGCGCGCUCCCCUGCCGCCCCGCGGCCGGGAUUCUGUCUGACGGACAAACGCAACGGGAUCGCGGCCGUGGGCGCCGAUGCGAGCCGAGUCCGGAAGCGGGGCGACGGCAGUCACCACGGCAACAGUGGGAACGGCACAACCGCCUGCGACAAAGCCAGAAACGGGAGCGGAAACGCAAAGUACGCCAACUACAACGUUUUAUCUGUAGACGUUCUGGACGAACGGACCGCCAGGAGGGAGGUAGGGGGUCGCGAAGCGGGGGGGAGGGAGUCGGUCGAGGGGGCUGAGGCGGGUGAGGGUCUGGGGGGACCGGAGGAAGAGUUUGCCAGCUUUCCUAUGUUUACAUCACCAGCGCCCCUCGCUCCGUGCGAAGAAAGCUCCAUUUGACAAACGUCUUCGCCGCAAAGUUGUCACUGCCUUUGGAUGGUCUCACGAAGAGAUUUGGAAAAAAGAAGUCCAAACGAUGACGUGUAAUACGUUUUCUCCGACUGGACUGGAGAGAAGCGGGCUGCCGAACGUGCCGAUCGUGCAAUCGGGGCGUGAGCCGUACCGUACCGUCUUUCCUUGUUCGGCUCUCGUCCCCCCCCCCCCCCCCCCCCCCCCCAAAGAGCACUGCGCCGCAAAACGCGCGUCCUCUCGAUCCAAAGGCGCCAAAGGACCGCCGAGCCGUGGACCGGGCUGGUCGGUUUUUGCUUUGGCGAUUUGAACGGGUCCUCCCUCGGAUGACUGGCUUUGCAGCAGCACGCGCGAUGCAAGGAGCGACCUUGUUCUCUUGAUGUGGUUUCCUAAUGUAUUCUUUUGUCUUGUUUUUGUAAUAAAUCCUAUUUGCGAA